ACGACGCUGCUCGGGUGUCGCAGCUGGUGCUACGCUGAGCAUCACGGCCUGCUCGAACCGAUCCAUGAUAACGAUUCGAAAUCAACAAGGCCUGGAUCGCAGCGCGUGCUGCCGGCUGAACAGACGCGUUUGGGCUGCGGACUGUGAACAAGUGAAGUCCUCUUGAUUGUGGGGGAGAACACAAAAAGCUGAAUGGGUCGAUCCACCCACUGCCGGGGCGAGGGCUCGCUUGCGGACCACGCAGUUGGCUCACAGCCGCAUGAUGCCCCAGGCGCAGCGAUAAAACAACACGUGGCCAAAUGGGCACCAGGCCCAGACAAGUCCAAUCAACCGCUGUCCAAAACCAAAGGCAAGUUUGAUCACCCUUACAUCCCACUGCACCCGUCGCUCAACAAGCCCACCACCCAACAACACUCCAAUAUCUCAAGCGCCGCCGACCAGAACCAGCCAACAACCAGUCCAUUGUGCUAUCUCUUCGUGCCUUCAUGCCUUUCACUCUCUCGAACUCUCUCUCAAACUCUCUCUCUCUCUCUCAAGCUCUCUCUUCUCUCUCUCUCUCAAGCUCUCUCCUUCUUUGCUCUUUACUUCUCUCUUUCUCAAACCGACCAAACCAAUUCAUUUCAAGCUCUCUCUCUCUCUCUCUCUCUCUCUCUCUCUCUCUCUCAAGCUCUCUCUCUCUCUCGUACUCUGGUACAUCUUCAGAUGCUUUGCUGUUGCUUUCCUUGA